AUGUUUCCACACCUUGUACCAGACCGAUACCGAGAGCUCAUGGGAGUCGCCCAACAGUGGAGGCAGUUGAAGAUGAUGAAAUGGCAUGGCUUUGGCCAUUGUGCUGACAGCCUGAAUGCAGGAGAUCUCACAUUAUUUUGCCUGGCAUUGAUAAUAACAACUCCAAGGUCGAAAUACACCCGGUCAUUUGUUAUGGAUGGAAAUUUCAAAGCCAAACACCUGCAUCCCAUGAAGCUGCUUGAUGAAGUUUGGCUGUCAGAUGGGUUGGGAUUCAUGGUGGGAAAGGACAGGUAUAAAAUGCAUCUUGCAGAGGCUGCCGACACUUUAGAAAAAUCAAGCUGCAACAAUCACCGGGCAGUAAAUCAAGCAAAUGCGGCUCGGCACAAGCUGGAAUCCACGGGCAUUGGGGGAGUAGCCUGUGCUCGACACGGUUGCUUUGUUCCUCACUUGAUGGUAGAUUUUCAGAAAGGCAAAAGGCAAGCCGACCCGGCCAUUUGA